AUGAAAAGAUUAUCAACAGUAAAUCCAUCAUCAUUGAAUAACAUAGAUGAACAGCUUGUUCUUUCAGCCAAUUACCAUGUGGAAGAAUUAUUAAAGAUCAUAUUUCCAAAUGUUAAUAAUGGUAGUAAUGGCAAUGGUGAUGGUGACAAUGAUCUAGCAACAGCAAAAAAGGAAAAGAAAUAG